AUUAGCGAAGAAGCGGGGCCAUUCAGUAAAUAGAAUCAAUCUUCUUCUUGAUGCCCUAGUAACUUGGAAGGAGGUCUCGCCAUUUUUCCUGCUACUACUCUAACGUUCCAAUCAAUCACAAGAAGUACCAAGCAAGAGAAUUAAGAAAUCACUCUCCUCUUGUUCGAUUUCUGGGCUUUCAUCAAUUUUUCUUGGCAGAAUAUAGAUCACCGCCAAUCCUCACUUUUCAUUGCACUCUUUUUGCGAUAGAUCUGUACAAAAUCCCUAACGAUUUUUGCCUUCACUUUAUUCCUGCCAUCAUAGGAGAAACGAUCCCUAUUUUUGGGUCCUUUAGCUCUGUAUUAUACUCAGAAAUUUUAGAUUUUGGCAGAUUUAGGUUUAAACGCGAGCCAUUUCUAGAAGCAUUCGUGGGUUUGGUUCCACUUUGCGAGAAACGCUAAAUUUGUAGUUGGUAGCAUCUUUGACAUUUUGUACAUUUGUUGGUGGAAAUUUCUGUAGGUUUUUCUUUUGAAUCGGCGGAAUGAACAAUAGAGCUAGAUAUCCGCCUGGGAUUGGCGUAGGCCGAGGGGGAGGUAUGAACUCAAACCCUGCGUUUCAGCCACGAGCCCCUCAGCAACAGUAUGUGCAAAGACAUUUGGUGCAGAAUCAACAGCAGUAUCAACAUCAGUAUCAGCAGCAUCAACAGCAACAUCAGCAGUUACAACAGCAGCAGCAGCAAUGGCUUAGAAGAACGCAAUUGAGUGGCACUGAUUCUAACGUAGUUGACGAGGUCGAGAAGACUGUGCAGUCUGAAGCCGUUGAUUCAAGUUCUCAAGAUUGGAAGGCUAGAUUAAAGAUACCACCACCUGAUACACGCUAUAGGACUGAGGAUGUGACAGCAACUAAAGGAAAUGAAUUUGAAGAUUACUUUUUGAAGCGUGAGCUGCUUAUGGGAAUAUAUGAGAAGGGUUUUGAAAGGCCUUCUCCUAUCCAGGAAGAAAGUAUCCCAAUCGCUCUUACUGGUAGUGACAUUCUUGCUAGAGCAAAAAAUGGAACUGGAAAAACAGCUGCAUUUUGCAUUCCUGCACUGGAAAAAAUUGAUCAGGAUAACAAUGUAAUUCAAGUUGUUAUACUGGUCCCAACCCGUGAAUUGGCUUUGCAAACAUCACAAGUGUGUAAAGAGCUGGGAAAGCAUCUGAAAAUUCAAGUCAUGGUUACAACGGGUGGUACCAGCCUGAAAGAUGAUAUUAUGCGUUUAUAUCAACCUGUUCAUUUACUUGUUGGAACUCCAGGAAGAAUAUUAGAUCUUGCAAAGAAGGGUGUAUGUAUUUUGAAAGACUGUAGCAUGCUUGUUAUGGAUGAGGCUGAUAAGCUUUUGUCACCUGAGUUCCAACCUUCGAUAGAGCAAUUAAUUCACUUCCUGCCUCCAACCCGUCAAAUCCUGAUGUUUUCAGCUACUUUUCCUGUUACUGUAAAGGACUUCAAAGAUAGAUUUCUUCAGAAACCGUAUAUCAUUAACCUUAUGGAUGAGCUAACUCUGAAAGGUAUUACACAAUUUUAUGCAUUUGUGGAAGAGAGACAGAAAGUCCACUGCCUCAAUACGCUUUUCUCUAAGUUGCAAAUAAAUCAGUCAAUUAUCUUUUGCAAUUCGGUGAAUCGGGUUGAGCUCCUUGCCAAGAAAAUCACAGAACUUGGCUAUUCAUGCUUCUAUAUCCAUGCAAAGAUGUUGCAAGAUCAUCGCAACAGAGUAUUUCAUGACUUCCGAAAUGGUGCUUGUAGAAAUCUUGUUUGUACUGAUCUUUUUACCAGGGGAAUAGAUAUUCAAGCAGUUAAUGUGGUCAUUAAUUUUGAUUUUCCCAAAAAUUCAGAAACUUAUCUGCACAGGGUUGGUCGUUCAGGGAGGUUUGGGCACCUUGGUCUAGCAGUUAACUUGAUCACCUAUGAGGAUCGCUUUAAUUUAUAUAGGAUUGAGCAAGAACUUGGCACUGAAAUAAAGCAAAUUCCUCCACACAUUGAUCAGGCAAUUUAUUGCCGGUGACUUGGGUAAUUAUCAGGGUUGUGUUCCCAACUUUGGUCAAUAGCAAUGGUUGAUGUGAGUGGCCAUUUAAGCGGGUUUGCAUGUAGCUCUGAAUCUGGAAGAAUGUGCAAUGAUCAUUGGGGUAUUGUUGGACCCCUUGUUGAAUGCUUUUUCACUACUUUGUGGUUAAGAGCCCUGAAUUUUCUAGGACCGUUGGACUUUAAUAUUGGCUUCUAACUGCCAGAUACAUGUCGGGUCAAGUUUGGGAUUUCUAUGGUUACAUUUGCAAAUGUUGUUUGUUUUUAAUGUGUAGUUUCUUUUGUCCUCGCACUGUUUGGGGAUGCACUAUCCUUUAUGCCUUAUGUGCUAUUUGGCCUGAGAUUGUAGACUGCUAGUGAUUCAUCAUAUUUGUCUCAGCAUCUUCCUGCUUAUAUUAUUUGGUUGACAGCGGUCCGUGCUCAUCAUGAAAGAGUGCUCUUGGGCCUUGGCAAUGGCGAUGUGCUUGAUGUGACUAUAUUAUUUAGUUGCGUCUUGCAUGGUGUUGAGAGACAACUGUUGCAGAAAUUGUAUGCGAAUGCUACGAGCAACUUUUUGAUGUUAAUGAAUGUAUAGUGACAUUCCUCA